GCCAAAGCCGUGUAACCUCGUUAACAACAUUAAUAACUAAAAUGAUAAGUAGCUAACGAGAAUACGCAUUCAUUUAAAUAAUACAUUCACGACACAGAGAAAGAUACCUUGCAAUUUGGUUGAAAGCCACAGGCUCCACCGCGUGACUAGACUGACAGGUAGCUGCUAGCAUCAGAUGCUAAGCUAACUAUUUAUUGUAGCUAACUGUCUGGAGCGGGGGAGGUGGACACUUGUCUAGAUAUCUUUACUGUCGAUAUAUUCACAUAAAACCAUUUUCUGUUUGCAACUGUGGAAGUAUUGGAUUUCGUUAUUCAAUAGUUCUGCGUUGGACCAUUCAGCACUCAUCCCAACUGUGUGCUGAAAUGGAAAAACCCUCUCAUUUGAUUUAGAGUAUUUAGAGGAACAGGUCUCUCUGUCACCCUGGCAACGCUGGAGCCACAGGAUGGGAAGGAGCCAAAUACCGGCAUCAUGGUUGUUGCUGUAGCACCCGGCUCCGCACCUAGCCCGCGGAGCGAAGCAGUGACUAAUGAGCUUCAGGAGAUGACUCUGCAGCCCGCCUCCAACGACAUGCCUGUGCGGGACAGGAAGAAUGUCCUCCAGCUCAAACUACAGCAGAGACGCACCCGGGAGGAGCUGGUCAGCCAAGGGAUCAUGCCACCACUGAAGAGUCCGGCGGCCUUCCACGAGCAGCGGAGGAAUCUGGAGAGAGCCAGGACUGAGGACUAUCUGAAGAGGAAAAUCAGGAGUCGUCCUGAGCGCUCAGAGUUGGUCAGGAUGCACAUACUGGAGGAGACGUCAGCAGAGCCGUCUCUGCAGGCCAAGCAGCUGCAGCUGAAGAGGGCCAGGCUGGCUGAUGACCUCAAUGAUAAGAUCUCCCACAGACCUGGUCCUAUAGAGCUCAUCCACAAGAACAUCCUGCCUGUCGACCUGGACUGUCCUCUGCAGCACUCACUACUGGAUUCUCCAAAGGGUGCAGGAGAAUCCUCAUUGGACGAGGACAGCAGUGAUGCAUUUUCUCCGGAUACGCUAGCCAAUCACGACUCUCCACUGGGUCCACUCUCUCAGCUUUCCCCCUCUGACAUGCUCACUCAGAAAAAGGACAUGUCCCCCUCACAGCUAUUCCUUACCCAGGUCCCACCACCACCUCCGCUGUUAGUGAAUGGCCAAGACUCAUUGCCACCACAGAAGCUGACCAAUGGGACAGUGAUGUCGGGAGCUUCCCGCCCUGCUACUGGUCAGACCAAGUCGAAACCCAGUUUGGAGCGGCCCCCCCAGAGGCCUAAGAAGGCCAAAGACAACAAGCCCAAGGUGAAGAAGCUCAAGUACCACCAGUACAUCCCUCCGGACCAGAAGGCUGACCGGGAGCCUCCCCCUCAGCUGGACUCCACCUACACCAAGAUCCUCCACCAGCAGCAGCUGUUCCUCCAGCUGCAGAUUCUCCACCAGCAGCAGCAGCACUAUAACUACCACACCAUCCUCCCAGCACCACCCAAACCACCUGCAGAGCAACCACCUUCAACCAACCCCGCCCCUUCCCUUUUGCGCAGUGUUCCCCCGACGACCCCUGCCCCUUCCAAUCCGAAUGGGUCCAGUCGUCAGAGCCAAACCCCUGUGGGAGGGACCAAACCUUUGAUGCUACCAGCCAACCUGGAUGACUUCAAAGUUGCUGAGCUGAAACAGGAGCUGAAACUACGGUGUCUGACCGUGUCUGGCACCAAGAUGGAUCUGAUCGAGAGGCUGAGGAACUACCAGGAGCAGAACGGUUUAGAUCGAGCUGGUGUUACUGCUACUGUAACCCCUAAACCCAGCCAACCAACCCCACCGCACGCCUCAACCCAACCUGCUGGCUCCAUCAGCCCUGCCCCCCCCCAGGCCGGAACUAAUCCGCACACCCACCAUUCAGGAGAGGCAACAGGGAAGAUACCCGCUUUCUCAUUGGCUCAGAGUGCCGCUCCGGCCUGUAUUUUGAGGUUUGGCAGUACGAGCUCCUCCCCUCCAGUCUCCCCCACCCCGUCAGAACGGUCUCUGGCGGUGAUGAGCCCUGACGAGACCAGCUGUAAUGGAGACGUGUUCGGGGAGAUGGUGAGCUCUCCCCUGACCCAGCUCAGCCUGCACCCCUCUCCACAGCACCACUCCCCAGCCUCCAUCAAAGAGGAGAACCAGGGUCACUUAUCCACCUGCAGCCUCUCCCAGUCCCGUCAUUCUCCCACCGAGCUUCAGCAUGCCGCCCCACCUCAGGAGCCCCUAGCCGGGGCAACCAUGGAGGCCUCCCCCUUGGACAAGGACCAGAUGCUUCAGGAGAAGGACAAGCAGAUUGAGGAGCUGACACGCAUGCUGAGGCAGAAACAGAGGCUGGUGGAGAACCUGCGCUCCCAAUUGGAGCAGGGGAAACAGACUGGAGCAGUGAGAGAGAUGGAGGGAGUACAGGGAGUGGUGGUGAACGGUUAUGCCCAGGAGGCCCAAACCACCCCCAUCAAAGCCUCUACCAUCCUCCAUCUCUCUCUCACCAAAACAGACAUGGUGAGGGUCAAGAAGGAGGUAGACACAGAAGAAGGGAUGGAGGGAGUGGACGAGGCUCAGCCGACACAGUGCUCUCAGCAGACCCUGCUCAAACUGCAGCAGAUCCCCCGGAUACAGGUUGAACAACAGACACAACAAAUAUUACAGACACAACAACUGAAACAACAGCAGGCACAACAAGCACAGAUACAACUACUACAGACACAACUACUACAGACACACUCACAACAACAACAACAGACACAACAGCAUUCCAAACAGCUCCAGCAACAACAGACACAGGAGAUGCAGCAGCAGACGACUUCGGCCCAGUUGUUAUUCCAGCAACAGCUGAUCAUCCAGCAGAAACAGCUCCAGCUGCAGGCCAAACAGCUGCAGGACAAACAGCUGCAAGUACUGCAGAGGAAGAAGCAGAGACAGUACCAGGGACAGCAGCAGAACAAACAACCGAGUCAGACAGUCACCCCACAACAGGUCACUCCAGUCUUCAUCAGCCAACAGAAUGGCACCCAGGUCCCCGCCCAGACCUUCUCAUUGGACCUCCUCAAAUCGGGCACCACGCCCACCCUGGUCACCGACGGCAAUGGCAACCACUACUUGAUAGCACUGACCAAUAACAGUGCAGAGGGCCAAAACGGCGUGACCUCAUUGGGCAAAACCAGUGGAUCGCAACGCAUCACACUGCAGAGAUUGCAGUCAACUCCAAGUAAGCUCCCCAGCCAAUUGCCAGCUGAGAUACUGAGCCCCGAUACCCAAUCAAAACAACAGUUACAACCAGGCCCUGUCAACCAGUCUAUCAAAAAGAAGGCAGGUCUACAUCUGGAAACAAAUGGCAUAACCAAUGUGGUGCCAGAGCCCACUCAAUCUGUCUCCGCCCCGCCCAAUCUCCAUCCUUUCUUUGGCGAGGUGUCCAACUUGUCUGAAAGCCAAAGCACCCCUCCCCCCCCCCUCAAGAGAGAAGUGUGUCCGACUUUUGACUGGCACACUUUGUUCAUCCCUCCCUCUCCUGAACAGACCUCUUUCUCCUUCACUCCAUGCCCUAAAGAGAACGGGCUGAGCAGUCAACAGAUGGACGAUCUGUUUGACAUCCUCUUGAAGAGUGGCGAAAUCUCUGGAUUCCGAGCCAACCCAGACCCUUCCCUGGCCCAAAACCACUCCGACCCCCCCACCCCUCCCUCGUCCCCUCUCCACAUCUCGCCGUCCACCACCCCCCCGGAGCCCUCCCUGCCCGCUGUGCCUUCCCAGCAGCCCUCGCCAUCACCCUGCACAGGAAGUGGUCGCCUGGAGGACUUCCUAGAGAGCACCACGGGCACGCCCCUCCUGGGGGUGGAGCCUGAUGGCGGUCUGACUUUGAUUGAUGACCUCCACAGCCAAAUGCUGAGCACCCCCAGCAUCCUGGACCAUCCCCCCUCCCCGGUGGACAUGGACACUAGCGACCUGGGCUUCUCCACCCACCCGGCAGGGCUUGACUUCGGGGACCCAGCCCUGGACAGCAUGGACUGGCUGGACAUCUCUAUGGGUGGUGGAGGUGGGAGGACGAGUCUCGCCCCUCUGGGCCCCCACACGCCCCCCAGUGUGUUCUCAGCGGACUUCCUGGACAGCUCGGACCUCACUCUGCACUGGGACUCCUGUUUGUAGCUCUUACGGAAUGAGGAGUACGCAUACUAUGUACAGGCUCUCUUUCUCUGUCUUACUCACAAAGCAGGUCCACCACUCUGGAGGUACACUGAGACAGGGAGUCUUGUCCUGCGUUCUCUGCCCUCUCGUCAUGUUUGGACAGGCUAGAGAGCAAAACUGACUUUAGAUCAGAGGCAGUGUGUGAAGGGAAUACUGUGGAGUUUGGUCACGCUCUGACACAUCCUUCUGGUGACAAAGGGUAACACGUGAAAUGCAGCCCCGAUGUGUCAGUGGUGCUUCUAACUUUGCACUUAUGCUGAGACUGUUGAUUGGUGAAAAGUUGUAAUGGAACAAAUCUCAUUGGUGGAAACCUACUAAUGAAUCAAACCUCAUUGGUGCAAAACAGGGGUGCGUUCAGUACGAAAGAAUGGUGUUAAGUUUUCUCCAUCAAAUCAUUUAUUUCAACGAAAACUGUACUCCACUAAACGGCCAGUUGAAGAACAGUGUGAUUAUGGUGGCCCAGAGGGAGAUUGUAAAUGGUGUGUGCUGCAUGAGUUUUACGAUUUUAAAUGGUCACACCCAUAUUGAUCAUGCCACACCCACCAAACGAGAGCAAACACACCUCAAAGACUUGAAGAACGGUACACACCGUUUUGGGGAAGCGUGUCAUUCAGUACAAACCGUCACGCAACGGAGGAAACGUUCAAUUGAACGCACCCCAGUUGAUGAAAUUAACCUCAUUGGAGGAGGCACUUACUGGAGCUGUUUGCUAGACGACUAUGCAUUUCUGUAUAUGAGGUGUGUAUUAUCGAUUAUCCAUCUUUUUCUUCCCGGUUGCUUAGAAUAGCAGGUAGGGUAUAAAGGGGUCUCAGCUUCCAAACAACUUUUUUAUGAAAAAAAUUAAUUAAAAAAAUGUCAACUUGAA